GCUCGCUAAGUUCAGUCAUUCGCUCCACAAGCAGCAACUCGGUGCGCCAGCGGCUGGGACCCCCAGGGACGCAGACCUGGCCCUGUCCUGUGGAUGCUGAAGUCCGGGAAGUUGGGGGUGGGAAUCAGACACGAACAACCCAUCUCAAAGAUAACUGCAGCUUUCGGAAGGGAAAAAGAAGGGGGGGAAAUCGGAGGGAGAGACGAACCAUGAGAGACUAUGGACUCUGAGAAACAAACUGAGGGUUCUAGAGGGGAGGGGGUGGGGGGAUGGGUUAGCCCGGUGAUGGGUAUUAAGGAGGGCACGUACUGCAUGGAGCACUGGGUGUUAUACGAAAACAACGAAUCGUGGAUCACUACAUCAAAAACGAAUGAUGUAUGGUGACCAACAUAAUAAAAUAAAAUGUAAAAAAAAACAAUAACUGCAGCUUUCUUAAGGGCCCCGGGAUAUAAUGAUAACGACAUAACAAAUAAUAAUAAUAAGUCUUUAAUUUCUACCUUAGGACAUAGCUACACAGUAAAAUGUGGGCUUGUUGUCUCCGAUUUUUCCGAGUAUGAAACGGAAGCUUGGGAAGGUUAGGUGAGUUCCCAGGGUCACAGCACUAGUAAGUAGCGGAGUCAGGAGCCAAGCUCUAGCCCCAUGCCCUGUGCCCUGACCCACUGCGGGCCGGCGUCAGCCAGCUGAGGUCCCAGCGCCCGGGCCACAUGCGGGGGCAGCGGCCCCAGACUCGAGCGACCCCAGCUGACGAGGUUGAGAUUCGCGCGCCCGCGGUCUGGAAUGGGGUCUCUGCCCCUCCCCGGGGCGGUGGUCCAGUGACGUCACUGCCUCUUUAAGACCCCCCGCCUCCGCCCCCGUCCGCACACUCUGCGGUUCCUACGAAUCCCUGUGGGCUUCUUCGCAGUGCAGCUCCUCUCAACCUCAACUUUGCCAUGGCUUCCGCUGGUCUGCAAAUCCUGGGGAUCAUCCUGACACUGCUUGGCUGGGUGAAUGCUCUGGUGUCCUGUGCCCUGCCCCUGUGGAAGGUGACCGCCUUCAUCGGCAACAGCAUCGUGGUGGCCCAGGUGGUGUGGGAGGGGCUGUGGAUGUCCUGCGUGGUGCAGAGCACAGGCCAGAUGCAGUGCAAGGUGUACGACUCCCUUCUGGCACUGCCCCAGGACCUGCAGGCCGCCCGCGCCCUCUGCGUCAUCGCCCUCCUCUUGGCCCUUCUCGGGCUGCUGGUCUACCUUGCGGGAGCCAAGUGCACCACCUGCGUGGAGGACAAGGACUCCAAAGCCCGUCUGGUGCUAGUCUCUGGGAUCAUCUUUGUCAUCUCAGGGGUCCUGAUCCUCAUCCCUGUCUGCUGGACGGCUCACGCCAUCAUCCGGGACUUCUACAACCCCCUGGUGUCGGACGCCCAAAAGCGGGAGCUGGGGGCCUCCCUCUACUUGGGCUGGGCGGCCUCUGGUCUUUUGUUGCUGGGCGGGGGGCUGCUGUGCUGUACCUGCCCCUCUGGGGGGUCCCGGGGCUCGAACCAUUAUAUGGCCCGAUACUCAGCAUCGGCCGCACAUGCCACCUCUCAGGGGGUCCCUGAGUACCCCACUAAGAAUUAUGUCUAAAUCUGGUAGGGGAGUGGAGACUCCCUCGACAGUGGAGCCUAACCCCCUGAGCUGGAGACAUGGAGAUGGUAAUCCAGACAGCUUGGGGGCUGUUUUUAUCUUUUUUGCUUUUGGGGGGAGGGGAAUUUUUAAAGUUCAUUUGAAAACCUAACCAAGGAACCCAAGUCUCUCCUGGGCUCAGCUGUUGGUAUUUCUCACCUCUGGAUGAUGGAGCCAAGGAGGUGAUGCUUCACAAAUUCUAGAUCUUUCUCCACCCUGGACAUCCCCAUAUUGGAGGCCAACCUGGAGCUGUGGGCCAACAUAAGGCUGCCUGCUGUUGAGGUGCUUUCAGCCUGUCCCCGAGUCCCUCCUUACUGGUCAGGCCUCUGGAACCCCUGGGGGCUCUUGAGCCUCACGGAUGAUAAAUCACCAAAGAACUGGCCGCCUCCAAGUCUUCUGACCUCUGGCUCCUCUAUCUUGAGUCCCGAGUCCUGUCCUGGUUGUGCUGUAGACCCCCCUCCCCCACCCCGAUCCUCUCACCUUCAACCCUUGCACACUUCUGCCACGCCUCCCUCCAUACACACACACCAGUUUUUGCUAAAUAAAGCAUGUCUUAUGAAGA